AUGUUUCUAUGGGGCGGCCAGUUGUUCCCUCUGUCCACCCUGUCAGAGGAAGACACAGUGCUGGACCUCGAGCAUUUCCUGAAGAGCCUUACCGGGGUCCUGCCUGAGAGCAUGAAACUGCUGGGCCUCAAAUAUAGGGGUAAACCAGCAGAAAAUCUGAAACUGGGUGUACUUAAGCUUAAACCAAAAACCAAGAUUACGAUGAUGGGAGCAUGGGAGGAAAGUUUGGAGGAGGUCAUCGGCUGGCCUCCGAAUAUUGAUGAUGUUGUGAAUGAUUUUGAUAUUGAAGAGGAAGUUGUGGAAGUGAAAACCGAAGAAAAUGUAGCCAAAAUCUCUUGCUGUGUAAAAGACUACAAAGUGGAAGUUCUGAAUCCUCCGAGGGAAGGGAAUAAACUGUUGAUUAUGGAUGUCGAUUACACACUGUUUGGUAAGUUUACUUUUGUUCUAUCAAAACUUAACUUGCAUUCAGUUACUUGCUGUAUAAUACUGUGCGUGGAUUUAAUUACCCAUAUAUUGACUGGAGCAACAGUACUGCCAGAUCAGUUAAUGGGAACAAGUUUAUGAACUUGUUGCAUGACAAUUUUAUAGCACAGGUUGUUGAGGAGCCUAGCAG